GUGAAGUGUGAUUGGCACAGAAAGGCCCUGUGGGUUUUCAUGGCUGGGCUCUUUUAGUCAUUUCCUGAGAGCUUGGUGCAGAGAUGUGACAGCCCAGGAAGCAACAGCAAGCUCAGCAGGGCUUCAUGUGCUGUUAGAAGUCGGUGUGCUACAGGUGAGGGCACGUCCUUCUCGUGGAGAUGUAGGAAAUACCUGGUUCUGGGAUUGGUGCUCAAGGUCUCUAGGAAGAACCUCUGCUGUUUUGCAACUCACAGCCAUGAACAAAGUAAGUGGGGAUGUAAAGUGGUGAGUGAGGAACUACGGCUACGUGACCACUAAGCAACAAGGAAUGUAAGUGAAGCGCCGGAAUCCAAAGGGUAGAAAAUGAGUGCUUUCAAAAAGCAUCACAGUCUCUCUCCCAGGACCUUCAGGAGGUCUUUGUCAGAGCAAGAUGCUGGCACAGCUGCCCUGAAGGACUAUCAUUGGUACCACCGAAUGAAAAGCAAGAAGCUGAAUAAACAGAUGAGCUUGGACUCAGAGAAACCUCUCGGAGCGUACAGGUGGCAGACACAUCCUUGGCUUCCCUGGAGGGUAAGCAAAAGAGAGGGCUCCUCCAGUUUGGAAGGGGAAUGCAGUGACCCAAAUCUUUCCAAAAGUUCUGCGAGCGUGGAUGCUACCAGUGGUGACGAUCUCCAGGAAGAGCCACCCAGGACGCUCUUCCCGACAAGGAGCAGGCCGUUGCGGGUUCCCUUCAGCCGCUCUCUGUCCGAGCCCGUGCCGCAGCCCAGGAGCAGCAAUGCCAGGCCCUUCCUGCAAGCCGGGCGCUCGCUGGACGCCGAGCAGCAGGGCUACUUCAUCCGCGGCAUCUUCUCCUCUCUCUCAAGUGGCUUUUCAAAGAUACUGGGCCGAAAAGGGGACCCUGCCAGGGAGUCCAUAACCGAAGGGACAACAGAGGACAAUCGAAUUGUUUGGAGUGCAGAUGUGAAGGGACCACCUACCCACAGACUGUCCUGCGGCCAGUCCCCCUACACCGAGAUGACAACAUGGGAGAGGAAAUACUGCAUCCUGACCGACAGCCAGCUGGUGCUGCUCAACAGGGAGAAGGAGGCGCCUACCGAAGGGGUCCCGGAGCCGCAGGAUGCCUCCCGCGGGCGCUGCCUGCGCCGCACCGUCAGCGUCCCUUCCGAGGGCCAGUUCCCCGAGUACCCGGCAGAGGGGGCCGCCCAGCCAGAGGUCCCAGCAGAGAGAUCUCCUCGCAGACGGAGCAUCUCGGGGACCAGCACCUCUGAGAAACCCAACUCCAUGGAUGUUCCGAACACUUCUCCUUUCAGAGUGCCAGGCUUCUUCAGCAAGCGCCUGAAAGGAUCCAUCAAAAGGACAAAGAGUCAAUCCAAACUGGACAGGAAUAUCAGUUUCCGUCUGCCCUCUCCCAACAGCUCCGAGGACAGACCACGUGAGCUGCCCAAGCUGAAGGAGUCCCGCUCCCAUGAGUCUUUACUGAACCAAGGCAGCACCAUAGAGACUCUGGACUUUGCAGCAGAAGAAGCAGUCUUUGUCAAACCACUUCACAACAGUAUCCUUGGACGAGACUUCUGCUUUGAGGUAACCUACUCCAAGGGCAGUAAAUGCUUCAGUUGUUCCUCUGCAGCAGAGAGGGACUGGUGGAUGGAAAACAUACGCAGACUAUCGCAGCCGAUGAAGGACAACUGCCAUCGAGUUGAAAACGUGCUUCGCCUCUGGAUCAUAGAGGCCAAGGACCUGACCCCCAAGAAGAAAUACUUCUGUGAGCUGUGCCUUGACGACACCCUCUUUGCCCGCACCACCAGCAAAGCAAAAGCAGAUAACAUUUUCUGGGGGGAGCACUUUGAGUUCUACAGUCUCCCACAAAUUCAGAACGUCACAGUUCACAUCUACAAGGACGUAGAGAAGAAAAAGAAAAAGGACAAGAACAAUUACAUCGGCCUGGUCAACAUUCCCACGGCCAGCGUGACCGCCCGCCACUUUGUGGAGAAAUGGUACCCAGUCAGCACCCCUACAGCCAACAAAGGCAAGUCAGGGGGGCCUUCCAUUCGCAUCAAAUCCCGCUACCAGACCAUCACCAUCUUGCCCAUGGAGCAAUACAAAGAAUUUGGGGAGUAUGUUACCAGCAACUACGCCCUGCUGUGCUCCGUGCUGGAACCCGUGAUCAGUGUCAAGAGCAAGGAAGAGAUGGCUUCUGCCUUGGUGCACAUUCUUCAGAGCACUGGGAGAGCCAAGGACUUCUUGACAGAUCUGGUAAUGGCUGAGGUGGAUCGUUGUGCAGAACAUGAUGUCUUGAUCUUCAGGGAGAACACACUCGCUACCAAAGCUAUUGAGGAAUACCUCAAGCUGGUAGGACAGAGGUACCUCCAUGAUGCACUGGGGGAGUUUAUCAAGGCUGUGUAUGAGUCAGAUGAAAACUGUGAAGCAGAUCCCAGCAGGUGCUCACAGAAUGAAUUAGCAGAUCAUCAGUGCAACCUGAAAAUGUGCUGUGAGCUGGUCUUCUGCAAGAUUAUCAAUUCUUACUGCGUGUUCCCUCGUGAGCUGAAGGAGGUGUUUGCCUCUUGGAAGCAGCAGUGCCUGAACAGGGGCAAGCAGGACAUCACUGAACGCCUGAUCAGUGCCUCUCUGUUCCUCCGCUUCCUGUGCCCUGCCAUCAUGUCUCCCAGCCUCUUCAACCUCAUGCAGGAGUAUCCUGAUGAGCAGACCUCUCGCACGCUCACCCUCAUUGCUAAAGUCAUCCAGAACCUCGCCAACUUUGCCAGGUUUGGUAUUAAGGAAGAGUACAUGGCUUUCAUGAAUGAAUUUCUGGAGCACGAGUGGGGAGGAAUGCAACGUUUUCUGAGGGAGCUCUCCAACCCAGAUACCAUCUCGAACAUGCCUGGAUAUGACGGCUACAUCGACCUGGGCAAAGAGCUCUCCGUGCUGCAUUCCCUCCUCUGGGAUGUUGUGUCCCAGGUUGAUAAGGGUGAAAAUUCCUUCCUACAGGCAACCGUGGCAAAACUGGGACCUCUCCCUCGUAUCCUUGCGGAUAUCGCAAAAUCCAUGACCAACCCUACGCCCACGCAGCAGCAGCUGAAGCGUUUUGCGGAGCACAGCUCCAGCCCAAACGUCGCUGGAAGUCUCUCCUCGGGACUUCAGAAGAUAACUGAGGACCCCACCGAUGGUGACAUAAACAAGAUGAAGUCUCCAACCCAGGAAAAUGCAGAUGGACAUUUUAGGGGCAAGACUUUACUGCUGGCUCAGCAGGUAUCCACCCAGAGCAUGACUUGCUCAGAAAAGGAUGAAAAGGUAAGUGUCCUGCCCAAUGGACGUAGCAUCUCUCUGAUGGACCUGCAGGACCCUCACACAGCUCACAGUGACACUGCUUCCAUGAUGCACGACGUGCCUUUGCGCCUGGCGGGCAGCCAGCUCUCUGUCACCCAGAUGGCCAACAUCAAACAGCUGUGGGACACCCAGAGCACCCCCCAGAGCGCUCCUCAGGUCCGGAGGCCGCUGCACCCGGCGUGGAACCAACAAGGCAGCCUCCGGCCCCUCUCAUUCCAGAACCCGGUUUACCAGCUCAACAACCCGAGCCCCGCCAUGGCCAAGGCCUCCAUGGACUCCAGCCCGGAGGACCUGAGCAGUGCCAGCUUCCGGAGCCGCAGCAACAGCGAGGACUUCAAGCCCAGCGGGCACAGCAACAGCAGCCUGGAGGACUCUGGCAAGCGCAGCUCGCAGAGCGAGGACUUGGCACGGCGCCCCGCGGGCCCGGACAAGCACGUGCCGGUGGUGCUGCCCCGCCAGAACAGCAGCAGCCAGGCGCAGAUCCGCAAGAUGGACCAGGCCGUGCUGGGCGCCAGGGCCAAAACGCUGCACGCCCUGGCGCACAACCCCUCCCUGCGCAGCACGGGCAGCGUGUCCGGCGCCUCGGGGGCCAUGGGCAUUGAGCCCAUCCAGAACGGGCACCGCUCCCGGCACCAGUCCUCGUCCUCGAGGGAGAGCCCCGUCCCCAAGGUGCGGGCGAUUCAGCGCCAGCAAACGCAGCAGGUGCAGUCACCAGUGGACUCGGCCACACUGUCCCCAGUGGAGAGGACAGCUGCCUGGGUGUUCAACAACGGGCAGUACGAGGAUACAAAGAAGGACGUGACUCAGAACCUGGACGAAGUCAAGCACGCUGAGAAGUACGAGCAGGAGAUAGCCAAGCUGAAGGAGCGCCUGCGCGUGUCCAGCCGCCGGCUGGAGGAGUACGAGCGGCGGCUCCUGGUGCAGGAGCAGCAGAUGCAGAAGCUGCUGCAGGACUACAAGUCUCGACUGGAGGACAGUGAGGACAGGCUGCGCCGGCAACAGGAGGAGAAGGACAGCCAGAUGAAAAGUAUCAUCAGCAGGCUCAUGGCUGUUGAAGAGGAGCUGAAAAAGGAUCACGCUGAGAUGCAAGCAGUCAUUGAUGCAAAGCAGAAAAUUAUUGAUGCACAGGUCAUAAAUGGGGAUGAGAUAAUUCCAACAGGAGAAGCGGAUCGCGUUCCUGGACUCGGCCAACACACGCCUGAUGGGUGCCCUGACGCAGGUAAAGGAGCGCUGCACCAUGCACGUCCGGAAUGGCAACCCUCCCAAGCUUUCCAUCACGGAGAAUGGUGAAUUUAAGAACAGCAGUUUCUAAUUCCACAGGUGGAAGAGGAAGACAGAGCAGAGCCAAGACCCGUCUCCGCCGCUGAUUGUUGCACAUAGUUCUUCUAUUAAAGGAAAUUUGUAUUGUUUGAAGAUGGUUCUAAAGCUGUUUGAAGACGGUUCUAAAGUUGUUUGAAGACGGUUCUAAAGUUGUUUGAAGAUAGUUUUAAAAUUGUUUGAAGAUUGUUCUAAAGUUGUUUGAAGACAAUUCUAAAGUUGUUUGAAGACAGUUCUAAAGUUUAAAGAUUGUUCUAAAGUUGUUUGAACACAGUUCUAAAGUUUAAAGAUUGUUCUAAAGUUGUUUGAAAAUGUUCUAGAGUUGUUUGAAAACAGUUCUAAAGUUGUUUAAAGAUUGUUCUAAAAUUGUUUUAGAAUUGUUCUAAAAUUGUUUUAGAAUUGUAUUUUAAAGUUGUAUUUUAAAUUGUUUUAAGAUAGUAUUGUACAUUCAAUAAAGUUGAAAAAGCAACUCUGUGAAGGGUGGGCUUUAAUUCCCCACUCAGGGCCAGGAGAACCGAGCUCCCUAGAAAAAUUCCUUCAGGAUCACUGUGUAAAUAGAGGGAGCUCUUGGGUUGUGUACAGAAAAUGCCAAUGUAAUAUACCAAAAGGAAGUGAAUACUGUAGAUUUUUUAAUUAUUGCUAUUUUUUUUAUUAUUAUUAUUAUGUUGUUGUUGUUGUUGUUGUUGUUGUUAUUGUUGUUGCUGUUGUUGUUGUUCUCUUGUUGAAAGCACUGCAGUCCUGGGAGGAGGAAGAGGGGAGCGUGUGUGUGUGUGUGUUGUGGGUGAGAGAGGUGAGCAGUGGGUGACCCGAGACAGCAACUGGCUGGUACAAGGACAUGAAUGGAGUGAAAUGAAUUCCACAGGAAAAACUCAUUGGCUGGGUUUAUUCCCCUCUUCCCCAGCUGGUCUUUAGCUGAAUGCAAAUUUGAUAGCAAACAUUUUAGCAAGAGAACUGGCUCUUGCUGUGUCCUGUACCUACUUUGGAUAGGACUCUGUCAAAGAACAGUCUUUCUGAAGAAGGUACAAAGUGGGAGCAGCAAGCUGGGUUCCUGGAAUUUGCACAGUCAGGCUUCCUGUCAGACAGAGGGAAUCUGCAGGAUUUGGUGGUAGGAUUCUUUCUUUUCUACCCCAGUUCUAAUGCAGUUUUAUAUUUUCUGUUUGGAGAACUUACAGACCUGUAAAUACUUUUUUAACAAUUUCUAGCCAAUCCCCACCAUACGCCCCAUGCAGCAGCACCCUGAAUUCCUUCUCUGCUCUCCAUGGGGAACAGCCAGGUUAAUCCUCUCAGGAAAGGGCUAACCAAAGGGUGCCCGUGCCCAGCACAGGAAAUUCCAUAUGCAAAAGUCCCUUUUUCUAGAGGAUUUUUGUAUUUUAAUGCUCACUUAUUUUCACUGUUUCAGCCACUUGCUUAGCCAAUGUAGUUCCAAUGAAAGGUGCUUUCUGCACCUUUGUUGAAAGAUCUUCCAUUUCUGCUGAAAUUUUCCUUUCUCUGGAUACUUUAAAGGGAUGAUUUUGGGGUUUUUUUUUUUUGUUUUUUUGUUUUUUUGUUUUUUGAGUUCUGUACACACCAGUUUUUCUUCAGGAGUUUUGACUAAGUUUUCAUCUCCAGUUCCUUUCAGUAGUGUUUUAGAGAAGCAUGAUUCCAGACUGUAUGUGAAUGGGAUAUUGUUCCAAAGUGACCUUCUCCUGGGAGCUAGUGGCAUUCACAGCCUGUAACAGAUAAAUAGUAGAUGGCUUGGUAUGGUCAAUUCUCAUGAUUUCAUAAAAUGCCACAAUAUUUAAUCUGAGAGAGGUUUGGUUUUUUUUAAAUCCCAGAUUCUGGAGUCAAGUGUGAAUUUUUACUUCCAGUUUUUGCUGUGCAUUUCUAGCCCCCAGACUCUCGCAGUAAAUGAAAUUAUUGUAGCAUUGAUUGAAAUUUUUAAUUACAGAAAUGUCCUGAUAACAGCAAGUGUGAUUAACCAUUCACACAUGCUGUGGAAAUUGGAAAAGUUUACUUCAAUUUGAGACAAAACCUUGAGAUGUCCCUCGGUGUGGAAUUGUCUCAUGAAAAACGCAGGAGUGUCUGAGCCAGUUCCCUGCACGUGAAUUAUUGGGAAUACCGAGACCCAAAUGCGGUGUCUGUUGCCAGGUUUGCCUGGUUUUUUGGAAAUGAAUUCAUCCCAGCUCUGUGGCUGAUGCAGGAGGUGGCAGAGCAGUGUGUGCGCUCUGGUGUCACCACACUCGAGCUACCGUCACCACCCCCAUGUGUUCUGUGACUGAGUGGGCAUCAGUGCAGAGCCCCCUGUGCUGCAGGAUGUGUGUGCAGCCAUCCUAGCCAGGCCUCCUGGAGCACAGCAGUCUGCAGCGAGUUGGGAUUUGGGAUUAAUACUUGGCUCUUUGGGAUCAAAGCUGCUCCGGCUGCUCGGCCGGGACUCGGUGCUGCCGGCACUGACACACCUGGGCUUGUGCUCUGCGUUGGCUCAGCAGUGGUUACUUUUCGAUACUUUCCAAACCGUCUUCCAGCUCUAGAUCCUUGCUGACCUCUGAUCUUUUAGUCCUCAAACUGUGCCUUUGAGUUCCUCCCUUCUCCCUUCAGGCAUUGCAGCCGUAGCAACUUCUCCACUUUGUGUUAACCUGUCAUGUGAGGGGCUCUUUUACACAAACCCUUUUUGUGGGGUAUUUCGGUGGGAUCUGCAUGUCCCUGUAGCCAUGUGCUGUAAUUGCACAGCUGUAGCAUGGGGGAACGUGUUCCCAUCCCUUUGGGAUGGGCGUGUGAACUGCUCCCUUGUGGCACCGUGCAGGUGAUUGUGGGUGUGCCAUGACCGAGGUGUGAGAGUGAGUGCCUGUGGGGCUGCACUGACAGAACAAGGCAGAAGCAGAUGUGUUGUUCUAGGAGAGUUAUUCAGGCAUUCCUUUGGGAAACACCUUUCCCUGGAGCUCCCCAGUGCCCUGGUAAUGUCAGAGGUCACUGGCUGAGCUGUGUGGUUUGAUGUUGAGGGCUCUGAGGUGUCCACUUUGGUUUCUGCAAAGAAAUGCACUAGGGGCACCAUUUCAGCCUGGAUUUUUAGAGGGGAAAUAACCCCUGCUCCAAUAUCCACCUGUUUCGGUGAGCUCUUUGGUAGUACUUCAUUCUAAUGCUGUACCUUCUCCUGUGCAUUUCUCAAACUUGUAGAACGCUUGUAGGAAAAAGCAGUGGCUCUCUCAGAGGCUGACCCCUCACUCUGGUCUCCCAGCUCUUUGCAGGGCUGCUUGUUUUCUCUGCUGUUGCAGUUUCUCCCCCAGGGUGCCAAGCAUGCUCCUCCAGCUCCUGCUCCCGAGGAGUCACUGCCUGCAGAACCCGGAGGGGUGAAGGUUGCAGAGUCAGUGCUGCAAGACUGGAAUUGAUCUGCUGCAGCACAAAACACUGCUCCUGAGUCCUGCAGGCAGCUGUCUCUCCUAGUUUGUUACCGAGCAGCCUUCUAGAAAAUUUUUCAGCUGCCUCAAGCUGACAAUAUGUGAAAAUGCCAGUUUCUAUUUUGUCCAGACUGAUCAAAUCCAAGUGGCACUAAACCAUGUGUUUGUCAACAGCAGGAGCCCUGCCUGGGCCUGAUCACGUUUGGGUUUAGACUCACAGUCAGUGGGUUCUGCAGCAGCGAGGGAGUAAAUGGUGCAACCUGCGAUGGGGAGCGUGGCAGACGCUGGCUUUGGGCUCACACUCUGAGCAAAGGCUGUGCAAGGAGCUGCUGCUUUCACUGGGGAACAGAUGAAGUAGUGCAGGAAAAAUUGAAGAGCCUGCAGGAGGAAUGCUCGUGUGUUCCUCAGACUGAACAGGAAAGUCACCCCAUCCUGGUGUCUCAGUCAGUGCUGGCCACAUCGGAACCGUUCUAGGAGGGUUCUCUCCAAACCUCAAGGCCACCUGGGCUUCUUGAGUGCUCAGGAAAAGCUCAUGGCCAGCACAACAGAGCAGGGAGAUGGAGCAGCCUCUUGCGUGUGGCCUCUUGGCACGUUGUGUGUGGUGUGUCUGCAGUGUGUGAGGUGAGCAGGGUGACAAGGGACAGGCACUGAGAGGACACAGGGAGCACGGCCUAGGGGCAGCAUCCUGUAAAUCCCUGUUCUUUGCAACACUAGCAAUUCAGACCUUUUUUUAAAGGGGAAUAGAUUUCACCUCUAGGAAUUACCGGCUGUUACUCCCCUGGUAUAUCAGAAAUGGGCAGGUAUGCACAAAAGCACAGAUUCAUACAGCUACACAUUUUACCACAUUCCUCUCCAGUGGCAUAACUCAGGCAGGGACUCUACAGGAGCAUGGAAAGGGAUGUGUGUAUUUUCUAGUUCGAGAAUAUGAGGUGUAUCCACUAAUGAAUUCUUUAUCCAUCUAAUAAAUCAUCCAAAAAAUUUGGUUUCUUUUGCAUUCAUGUAAUUGCUUUGGGUUGGCUGUGAAUUUUCCCCCCAUUUCAUGUUUUGAUGCUUGCAUAAACCCACCAGGUUUUAACUCAGAAGUCCAUGAAUUUUACAGCCAUGUCCAUGGAAUGUGUCAGCAAUACUUACUUGUGUGUAUGAGUUCUGCUUGUGUUCUGCAAAAAUGUCUGUGUUGUUCCUGGAGAACAAUUCCUGGCCGAGUUGAACCAUGAUGUGUAUUUCCAUCAGUGGUGGGCAGGGUCAGCCACAGGUAUCCAGCUGAGUCUGCCAGAGGAAAAAGGGUUAAAUUUAGGGUGAUGUUUUUAGGUGUUUCCUUCUUCACACUAAGUUAACUCCUAGGAGAGUGAGCAUGUCCUUACAGAUCAUACCUGCCAGGAAUCCUACCUGCAAAAAUAGAUUUUCUGUCUCAAGGGCCUUAAUAAGAGUGUUACUACACAGAACUGUUUUACAAUGAUAGCUCUAAAUAAUUUAUUUUUUAUUUCAACAAAGUACACCUUUAAAAAGGAAUAAACUUGUUUUUCAAGCCGUAUUUUUAUGCUUGUAGCACUGGACUGUUUGGUCUCUGAGAUCCAUUUCUGCAUUUCAUUGCCUGGGUUUGUUCUAAAGAAGAUUUAUUUUUGUUCUGUGAACAAUUUUUGAAGGUUCUUGUAAUAUGUACAGAUAAGAUACAUUUGAGGACUUUUAUUGAUAUUCCUACAAAGAAUACAAAUAAACUUUAACUUUAAACA